GCCCAGGAUGGCAGAUGAGAUCGAUUUCGCGACUGGAGACGCAGGAGCUUCCAGUACUUACCCGAUGCAGUGCUCGGCGCUGCGCAAAAACGGGUUCGUGGUACUCAAAGGCCGGCCGUGCAAAAUCGUGGAGAUGUCAACUUCCAAGACCGGGAAGCACGGGCACGCCAAGGUUCACCUUGUUGGAAUUGAUAUUUUCACGGGCAAAAAAUAUGAAGAUAUUUGCCCUUCCACUCACAAUAUGGAUGUUCCAAAUAUUAAGAGAAAUGAUUACCAACUGAUCUGUAUUCAGGAUGGUUACCUCUCCCUGCUGACAGAAACUGGUGAAGUUCGUGAGGAUCUUAAGCUGCCAGAAGGUGAACUAGGCAAAGAAAUUGAAGGAAAAUACAAUGCAGGUGAAGAUGUACAGGUGUCUGUCAUGUGUGCGAUGAGUGAAGAAUAUGCCGUCGCCAUAAAGCCCUGCAAAUAGAUGGGAAAAUUAGACAUGAGCAAACUGCUUGGGUCUGGAUCAAGCGCAGAUCUAAAGUUUGGCUCUACGUUGUCACCAAAGCUAUGGCCUUCAUAAGCAACCUCAUUUGUUUUUUAAUUGCUUUAAAAAUCAUGCUUAAUUUGUUUUGCAGACAAUUGGUCACUUAAAAAGAAUAAUCAAACAUAGUUAUGUUUUUUUUUAAUUUUGUAGGUCUUUUCUGUAACAUUCUUACGGUUUUCAGUAUGAGUCCCAGAAACAAAUGAUAGCUUCAUUAGACAAGAUUUUUCUGAGCACAUCAAUCCUGAAUUUUAAAUGAUAAAUAAACCAGGGUUUUAAUUAAAUAAUGUAGCAUCUAGUAGUAUUGAAGUGCCACAUUUAAGUUCAAUUGCUCUGCAUUAAUGUCAAACAUAAUAUACAAUAUGUAUUGAUUGGAAUUGUUGUAGUAUCAGCCUGGCAAGCACAAAUCCUU